AUAAAAAACUAUAAAAACUAAAAAAUGACUCUUUUAAUGCAGGCUAUGUGGAAAAUGCGCCGACUUUGGCUCAGCCUGGCUCCGACUCUUCCGCUACGUAUACAUAUGUGUAAUCCAGCACAUAUAAAGACGGGGACCAAAAAAUAAUUACUUUCUCUCCAUUGAAACCCAUUCAUAUUUUUCGAUCUCAGAGGUCCCAUGAGGGGACUACCGGAAGGGGCGAACUUACGAGCUCUAUGAGGCUGCUCUCGAGCGACAUAUAGCUAGGACUGCUAAUCUUACAAGCAUUCUCAAGAUCGAUUGUCGGCAGUAGUUCUAUUCAUUCUAUCGCUGUAACUUUUCUCUCGUGUUGCUAUGGACAAGUUGUUUGACCUGGAUCUCCGUGACCCCCGCACAGAAGGAAGACACCUUGCCGUUGGGUUGAUGCAUGACCAAUUCCUUGCAGAAGCCAUGGAGGCUGCGGAGAAUGUCAAUCGGGCAAGACCUGGAGGGGAUUCACCACGGAGCUCAACCAAACGGAGCGGACGCGGCAAGGCCAGAGGGAGACGUGGAGGCCGUGCGGGCCAUACAGGCCGUGCAGACCGAUGGAGUGGCCUAACUACAGGCAUGGACACUGAGGUGUUGGCACUUCCUUCAGAGGAUUCCUUGCCCUUACCCAGAGCACAGCAAAAUCCUCAAGAGAUGUUUGAACAAAACAUGGAGAGGCUUUCUGCCCUACUGGAUUCAAGCCCCUGUCCUGCUGAGCCUGAGAGAAGCGCAGCAUCAUCGUGGUCUGUUAGGCAGCAGAAAGCCUCUGACCGUUGGGAGGAAGCACGGCCGUACCACCUCAGAUGCCUUUUGGAAUCUGAGGCUGUUGGCAAGCCAUUGUGUUGCUUCUGCCACAAGCCGGCUGUUAUAAGGUGCAGAGAGUGCCUUCCGGAGCAGUGGUUUUGUGGGGCCUGCGACAUGCAUAACCACAGCAAACGGCCACUCCACAACAGGGACAGCGUGGUGGAUGGCUUCUUUAAAGCCAUUCCCCCAUCCACAUGUAUCUCAAGAGGAGAGACUGGAAUAUAUGCCACACAUGAGUAAGAUCGCAUUUUACCCACAAUGCCAGCACAGCACUGCACCUGCCAGGUCCCUAGCUUCACAGUGGAAGCUGGGAAACCAGUCAUCUUGAUUACCAUCAAUGGGCGUUAUGAUUUGCAUUUGCCACGUUAUGUGUGCCAAACAUGCCUGCAGCAGUGGGCCCCUGAUGUGAGAGACCUAGUCAGGAGUGGAUAUUGGCCAGCUUCUGCAAAUGCUUCCACAAUCUACACGGUGGACCUCCUCAACACCUUUCAGGAGCUGAAGUUGAUCUCACCUGGAUUCUCCAGGCAAGCCCUUGCAAAAAUGCUGGAACAUCGCACACUGUGUGCAGGAAGAUCUGGACAGAUCAACGGGGAUGCCCUGCAGAGGAGCUUUCUUGAGUUUGCAUACGCCUCCUUUGAGAAAGACCAGCUCUGCUGUGAUACCCCUUUCACCUGCCCUGCCUGCACACCUGAAAUGGUAGCAGUGUCAGCAGAUGGCAACAGGAAGCUUUAUCGCUUUGGCCAUACUGGAAGAUCUAAUGACACUCCCUUUUUUGAUGGGCUAUUUCUAGCCAAAGACAGUGAGGUGUCUGAUUUUGUCAACACAAUACAGAUGGCGGUGAAGAAUAUAAAGGGGAGAGGCACAUGUGGAGACUCUCAAUGGGCAGCAGCAAGGGAGACCUCUAGGCGGGCCUCUAAACUGGAUGAGGAAGGCGUUGAGGUUGCGGUGUGUCGGCAUGGCUUCCUUUUAAAAGCCCUUAACAUGUACAGAGGAGAGAUAUUUGCGUAUCCUAUGUAUCUCCAAAGGGAGCUUCUCCCAAGCAAGGCACAGUUUUUUGCUAUGGAUGUGGCAUGCAAAUACUGGCCAUACCUACAAAAAGUUGCUUCGGUCAUUCCAGCUCUCAAGAGCCUCACAGAAAUGAAGCCCUUCCUGAGCAUCAUGCAUGCAAGAGCUCAUGCUACCAAGUGUGAGAUAAAAUGGAGUGGUCGGAAUCAGAAGGGAGCAGGCACAACUGCCGGUGAGGAGGUGGAGCAAAUAAACAGCUACCUCUCCCGUUGUGCCCUGACAACAAAGUACAUGUCAAAAGCAGCACGUGUGGACAUGCUCACUGUGCAUGCAAUGGGUUGGAACCAUCACAAAGCAGAGACGCUACACAAGGCCCUCUCCACAAGAUAUGUGAAGACAUCUAAAAGGGCAGAAGAAGAGGCAGAGAGGCUGUCACAACUGCAGAAGGACCUGCAGUGCUCAAAUGCAAUGGCUGUACAGUGGAUUGCUGAAGUCAAGGAAUGGGCAGAGAGCGAGACCCCAGUAACGGGUCUGCACGUUCUCCAGCAGUCCAUUGAGGGUCUCCAUCUGGGUCUAAAGCAACAGAAACAAACCCUCUACCGUCAGAAUGACCUCUCCAAAAGGAUUGAUGUGGCCUUGGUUGACCACUCUUUGGCUGGACAGAGCACUGGCGCAAUAUGGCCAUGGGAGGACUAUGGCAGUGUAACAAUCGGGGUCAAGAAACGACUGCACGACCAGGAAAUGCUGAAAACACGGCUGGAAGAGGAGCUCCCUAUCCUGGUGUUGGAGAUGGCCCAGCACUGUACGUGGUUGCAGAACCUGGGAGUGGCCCUCAAGACGGAGCUUGCAAGAUACGAAGAUGAAAUGGACUUCACUGUCUCUUGGCAAGAAGACUUGCGGAAGUGGAAGAACGACAUCAAAUGGUCCUGCAGCGGUAUAAGACUGCUCUAGGUCCAUUGGCCUCUGUCCUCCUUGACGUUUGUGAGGAAGAGGAAUGUGAUCCGAUGGGCCUGGUCAGUCCAGACACCAGCGAGGAUGAGGAAGAUGCAAGAGAACAAGCAACUUAGUUGAUGGUGUGGUUUCGUGCCUCGCUUGAUGUACACAAAUGAUCAUUGUUAUUGCUAUGUUUAAAAUAAAAAAAUAAAAAAAUCUAUCUCUUCAAUUCAAGAUGGGGUGGGUGAGAAUAAAUAGUGCUAUAACCUCACUAGCCUUAUUGACAUGGACACAUCUGUUCCGCAUAGAUUUCUAUGCACGAGACUUAACGGACACUUUUGUUACUGCCAUGUAUACAGUACAUUCGGAUCACAUUUUAGGAAGA